GUGCAAGGCACUCGCUCCCUACCACUGACACGCUCGCCCCCACACCCUCUCCACCCAUCCAUCCUACCCACCCUCGCUUCAUGCUGUGCCCAACAAACUAAACGAGCAAGGAAUGAACCCAAAUCAAGGGCUGCCUUUACAGGCAAUUGCACCCCGGAAUCAUAUUCCUCCCUCCCCAACUUGAUUUCCUGA